UCUCGCGUGGUUUUAGAUGAGGCUGUGCUUCCGGCCGUAGUCUUGAAUCCGUCCUCUAAGCUUGUGUUUUCUCCCGUUCCUGUCACCACAACCUCUGACUGAGGUGGCGGCGUCGGGGGAGAUGGCUUCACUGGAGCAGGUCCCGCUGUCGCGGGGCUGCCAAGGUUCUUCAACGCCGCCCCUGCCGCGGGCCAACAAAACCCUCCUGGUGCGGCACUUGCCGGCCGAGCUGACGGCGGAGGAGAAGGAACAUCUCCUGAAGCACUUUGGUGCCCAGGCCGUCCGGGUCCUGUCUGACAAGGGCCGCUUGAAACACACUGCUUUUGCUACUUUCCCUAAUGAAAAAGCAGCGAUAAAGGCAUUAUCAAGACUUCAUCAGCUAAAAGUUUUAGGUCACACUUUAGUUGUUGAAUUUGCAAAAGAACAAGACCAAGCUUCUUCCCUCUGUCAGACUUCAUAUUCAGAGAAAAAGAAAAGGUCUGAUGAACCUGUGGAAGAAGAUAAAGAAAAAAAAGAGCCAAGUUGUUUGACCAUAGAAAAUGGAAUUGCACCAAAUCAUGGACUAACUUUUCCUCUAAAUUCGUGCCUCAAAUACCUGUAUCCACCACCUUCAAGCACAAUACUAGCCAACAUAGCAAGUGCCUUGGCAAGUGUGCCUAAGUUCUAUGUACAGGUGCUUCAUCUUAUGAAUAAAAUGAACUUACCCACACCUUUUGGACCAAUUACUGCCCGACCUCCCAUGUAUGAAGAGUAUAUGCCAGUGCAUGUGCCUCUUCCUCCUGUACCUCCUUUGCCAUCUGAAGCGCCUCCUGUGCCAGAAGAAGGUGAAGGAUCUAGUGGAGAAGAAUCAGAAUAUGAAAGUGGUGAUGAUGAAGCCCGAGAGAGGAUGACAAAACUGAUGGAAUUAGCUAAUUUUCAACCCAAAAGACCAACGACUGCAAAGCAACGCCGUGUAAGGAAAAGGCAAAAGAUAAAGGACAUGUUGAAUGUGCCUGCAUCUACUUCACAUAGUAAUUUACACCCUGCGCUGUUGCCUUCAGAUGUGUUUGAGCAACUUCAACCUGUAGAGCAUAAAAAAAUAGAAUUCAAUAUAUCUUCUGGGAUGCCUGCUGUGUUUGUAAAAGAUUUAGAGGGAGAACAAAAUCGUGAUUUAUCUGCUCCUGGAGAUACAACCAAUGAAGGAUUUGGAAAGAUCUUUCCAGCUCCUAUUCUGAAUGACAAAGAGGAGAUUCAAGAAGACUCAGAUGAGAUACCAGCAGAAUUUGUCUCUAGAAAAGAGUUGGAAAAAGGCAGAAUUUCUAAAGAAGAAAUGGAAACACUUUCAGUUUUCAAAAGUUAUGAACCAGGGGAUCCAAACUGUAGGAUUUAUGUAAAGAACUUAGCAAAGCAAGUUGAGGAAAAUGAUCUUAAGUUUAUUUUUGGAAGAUAUGUUGACUUUUCAUCACAAACAGAACGAAUCAUGUUUGACAUACGCUUGAUGAAAGAAGGACGAAUGAAAGGCCAAGCUUUUAUUGGAUUUCCAGAUGAAAAGGCUGCAGCUAAAGCUUUAAAAGAAGCUAAUGGAUAUGUACUUUUUGGAAAACCCAUGGUGGUGCAAUUUGCUCGAUCUGCUAGACCAAAACAAGAUCCUAAAGAUGGAAAAAGGAAAAGAUAAUUACUAAAGAAGCAUUCCUGCGUAAAUACUGCAGUAAUACUGUCAUGCAAAGUGUAUCCUUUCUUGUUGUAUCCUUUUUGGGGCAGUGCUUUUUUGUAGAAAUCUUAUUUCUUUUUAUUUUUUUCCCUAAUGUAGAUUGUAGAUUA